AUGGAAGGCGGAAAUCCUCUAACCUGCACCGAGGUAACAGCUCAGUGUCCUGUCCAGGCCUCAAUCUACGGGUACUAUCCGAACCGGCCGAUUAACGCUGCACUGGUUGUUGUCUUUGGCAUUCUCAUGCUCGUCCAAGGAUGGCAGACUUUCAAGUACAAGACUUACACCUACAGCUUUGCCAUGACCGUCGGCUGCCUGGGUGAAGCAAUUGGCUAUGUCGGUCGAAUCAUCCUCCAUGACAACCCAUUCUCCUCGACCGGUUUCCAGAUGCAAAUUACCACGCUCAUCAUGGCUCCCGCAUUCUUCAGUGCGGCCAUCUACCUUACUCUCAAGCAUCUCUGUCUUGCCCUGGGGCCGAAUUUGUCUCUGCUCAAACCCCGCUUCUAUACCUGGAUCUUCAUCGGUGUCGAUCUGCUAUCACUCACGCUUCAGGGUAUCGGCGGUGGUCUGGCAGCGACCGCAAAGCAGAACAAGGCUCAGCAGGACGCUGGUACGAACGUUAUGAUUGCAGGUAUUGUCUGGCAGGUUUUCACGUUAACCGUCUUCGGCUUCCUUGUCGCCCAUUUCUUCUGGAGACUGAGGAGCGAGAGGAGGCACGGUGCCAACCCAACGGCGAAACAGCUUUGGGGCAGCAGGAAGUUUAAGCUCUUCCUUGGAAGUACUACCGUUGCUUUCCUCUUUAUCUUCAUCCGAUGUGUCUACAGAAUCGCUGAGAUGGUCGGCGGCUGGAGAAACGAGAUCAUGCAGGACGAAGUCUCCUUUGUGGUUCUUGAGUCCUUCCUCUGUCUGAUUGCUGCUCUGCUCAUGACAGUUUUCCACGCCGGAGACUGCUUCCCCCAGAUGAGAGGCGACUUCGUGGCUACCAAGUUUGCCGAUUCUCUUCCCUUGUCUUCGGUCGAUACCUCAUAUACUGCGGUUCACAAGCAGCCGCUUAUGCCUGGCGAAGAUCAUUGA